UGUCGAAAUUGAGAUUUUUCCGACAACAGUGAACGAAACGAAAGUCGACUGCCUGCUGCAAAGGCCAACGAAUCUUUACAUUGCAGUCGUUUUCUAAUUUAUAAUUAAUUUGUCUUUUCGUAUAAUAACACAAUGUACGAUCAAGACGAAGAUCCGAUCGAGGAUGAAGAUGGCGAGGAAAUCUCAUCAGAGCUUUGGCAAGAAGCCUGUUGGAUUGUCAUUAACGCAUAUUUCGAUGAAAAAGGUCUUGUGCGACAACAGCUUGAUUCGUUUGAUGAAUUUAUACAGAUGUCUGUACAAAGAAUUGUUGAAGAUUCACCUGCCAUUGACCUUCAGGCAGAAGCCCAGCAUUCUUCGGGGGAAGUAGAAAACCCUCCGAGAUAUGUCCUAAAAUUUGAGCAGAUUUACCUCUCGAAACCUACACAUUGGGAGAAAGACGGUGCGCCGACAGCCAUGAUGCCUAAUGAAGCAAGGCUAAGAAAUCUCACCUACUCUGCCCCCUUGUAUGUUGAUAUCACAAAAACUGUGCACAAAGAAGGUGAAGAGCAGGUCGAGACUCAGCAUCAGAAAACAUUCAUUGGCAAAAUUCCUAUCAUGUUGAGAUCCACUUAUUGCCUGCUGAAUGGAAUGAAUGAUCGUGAUUUGUGUGAGUUGAAUGAAUGCCCUCUCGAUCCUGGUGGCUAUUUUAUCAUCAACGGCUCAGAAAAAGUCUUGAUUGCUCAAGAGAAGAUGGCCACAAAUACAGUGUACGUCUUCAGCAUGAAGGACGGCAAAUUCGCUUACAAGACAGAAAUUCGUUCCUGCUUGGAACACUCGUCACGUCCAACCUCCACCUUGUACGUCAACAUGUUGGCACGUGGUGGUCAGGGCAUCAAGAAAUCCGCCAUCGGCCAGCGUAUCAUUGCCAUUCUGCCCUACAUUAAGCAAGAAAUUCCCAUUAUGAUUGUGUUCCGAGCCUUAGGUUUCGUGGCCGAUCGAGAUAUUCUCGAGCACAUCAUCUACGACUUUGAAGACCCCGAAAUGAUGGAAAUGGUGAAACCUUCGCUGGACGAAGCCUUCGUCAUUCAGGAGCAGAAUGUUGCCUUGAAUUUCAUCGGUGCUCGCGGUGCCAGGCCUGGUGUCACCAAAGAGAAGCGUAUCAAGUACGCCCGCGAGAUUCUCCAAAAGGAAAUGUUGCCUCACGUUGGUGUGUCCGACUUUUGCGAGACGAAGAAAGCCUAUUUCCUCGGCUACAUGGUCCAUCGCUUGCUGCUGGCUGCCUUGGGACGCCGUGAGCUGGACGAUCGUGAUCACUACGGCAACAAACGUCUGGAUCUCGCCGGACCGUUGAUGGCUUUCCUCUUCCGAGCCCUAUUCAAAACUUUGAUGAAAGAAGUCCGAAUGUACGCACAGAAAUUCAUCGAUCGAGGAAAAGAUUUCAAUUUAGAACUGGCCAUUAAGACCCGCAUCAUCACCGACGGACUCCGUUACUCGUUGGCCACAGGCAAUUGGGGAGACCAGAAAAAAGCCCAUCAGGCGCGCGCUGGUGUCUCUCAGGUGUUGAACCGAUUGACUUUCGCUUCGACCUUGUCACAUUUGCGUCGCCUCAAUUCGCCCAUUGGUCGUGACGGUAAACUGGCCAAACCUCGUCAGCUCCACAACACGCUGUGGGGAAUGGUUUGUCCAGCCGAAACGCCCGAAGGAGCUGCUGUCGGUCUCGUCAAGAAUUUGGCUUUGAUGGCCUACAUUUCCGUCGGUUCCCAACCGUCGCCCAUCCUCGAGUUUUUGGAAGAGUGGUCCAUGGAGAACUUGGAAGAAAUCGCUCCGUCUGCCAUUGCGGAUGCCACCAAGAUUUUCGUCAACGGUUGCUGGGUGGGUAUCCAUCGCGACCCGGAGCAGUUGAUGGCCACCCUGCGCAAACUGCGUCGUCAGAUGGACAUUAUCGUGUCUGAAGUAUCGAUGGUGCGCGACAUCCAGGACCGUGAAAUUCGAAUUUACACGGACGCCGGCCGUAUUUGUCGUCCAUUGUUGAUCGUCGAGAACUGCAAAUUGUUGCUGAAGAAGCGCCACGUUGACAUGCUCAAACAGCGCGAGUACAUCAAUUUCAGCUGGCAGGAACUGGUGGCCACUGGUGUAGUCGAGUAUAUUGACACUUUGGAGGAGGAGACGGCCAUGAUUGCCAUGUCGCCCGAAGACUUGCGCCAGGGUAAAGACGCCUACUGUACGACGUACACGCAUUGCGAGAUUCAUCCGGCCAUGAUUUUGGGAGUUUGCGCCUCGAUUAUUCCGUUUCCCGAUCACAACCAGUCGCCUCGUAACACUUACCAAAGCGCCAUGGGUAAACAAGCCAUGGGAGUGUACAUUACCAACUUCCACGUCCGGAUGGACACUCUGGCCCACGUCCUGCAGUACCCUCAGAAACCUUUGGUCACGACACGCUCCAUGGAGUACCUGCGCUUCAGAGAGUUGCCCGCCGGCAUCAAUUCGAUUGUUGCCAUUCUCAGCUACACCGGAUACAACCAGGAGGAUUCCGUCAUCAUAAACGCUUCCGCCGUUGAACGAGGAUUCUUCCGCUCCGUCUUUUUCCGAUCCUACAAAGAUCAAGAGUCUAAACGAUCGGCCGAUCAGGAGGAAACGUUCGAGAAGCCUUUCCGCGAUCAUUGCCAGGGAAUGAGAAAUGCCAUUUACGACAAGUUAGACGACGACGGCAUCAUUGCACCUGGACUUCGUGUGUCUGGCGAUGACGUGGUUAUUGGCAAAACGAUCACUCUUCCGGAGAACGACGACGACCUGGAGAGCACCACUAAAAAGUUCUCGAAACGAGACGCGUCCACUUUCCUGCGUCACUCGGAGACGGGCAUUGUGGACCAGGUGAUGCUGACGUUGAACGCCGAGGGCAACAAGUUUUGCAAGAUUCGCGUCCGCUCGGUCCGCAUCCCGCAGAUUGGCGACAAAUUCGCCUCGCGUCACGGUCAGAAGGGUACGUGCGGAAUUCAGUACCGCCAGGAGGAUAUGCCGUUCACUUGCGAGGGCCUGACUCCCGACAUCAUCAUCAACCCGCACGCCAUUCCGUCUCGUAUGACAAUUGGUCACUUGAUCGAAUGCCUUCAGGGCAAAGUGUCGGCCAACAAGGGCGAAAUCGGCGACGCCACUCCGUUCAACGACGCCGUCAACGUCCAAAAGAUCUCGAACCUCUUGCAAGAGUACGGCUAUCACCUGAGAGGCAACGAAGUGCUCUACAACGGCCACACUGGUCGCAAGCUCAGCGCUCAAGUCUUUCUCGGCCCGACCUACUACCAGCGUCUCAAGCACAUGGUGGACGACAAGAUCCACUCUCGAGCCCGAGGUCCGGUCCAGAUCCUCGUCCGCCAGCCCAUGGAAGGUCGUGCCCGCGACGGCGGUCUCCGAUUCGGAGAGAUGGAACGAGAUUGUCAAAUCGCCCACGGAGCGGCUCAGUUCCUGCGCGAGCGUCUCUUUGAAGUUUCCGAUCCUUACCGCAUCCACGUUUGCAACCUCUGCGGAAUCAUCGCCGUGGCCAAUUUGCGCAACAACACGUUCGAGUGCAAGGGCUGCAAGAACAAGACGCAAAUCUCCCAAGUUCGGCUCCCCUACGCUGCAAAGCUCCUAUUCCAGGAGCUCAUGUCGAUGAACAUUGCACCCCGUUUGAUGGUCAUCUAAUCUCCCCAUUUUCUUUUCUUCUUCUUUUUCCGGGGGUUCCUUUUCAUCCGUUUCGAUUAAAUCCUACCCCCCUCUUGUGUUUGCCCGCCGGGUUUUUCUGAAAUUACGUGUCGACUCGAAAAGUUGCCGAAUUAAACGGUGGAAAGAUAAAAAGA